GGAAUACCAUACUGUCUGGAGGCUGUUUAAAAUUUGUAUAGUCGCAUGAUCUUUCGAGAGUAGUUGAACUCUCAAUGAGCAUACAGGAAAAAAUAGACAAAAAUGACUCCAUAUAUCUCUCUGGGCACAUUGAUUGUCAUGGACACUACUUGUAGUAUAGAGAUGUUUUUGAAUUAGCGUUUAUCGAGUAAUAAGUGUUAGUUGAUGAAUGUAACAAGUUUUAUAUCUCAGUAUGUUCAAUCGGUCGAUAAAAUUUUUAAUACAUGUAUAAUCACAAAUUAUUCUAAUUUUUCCCAUUUUAACGUCCAUUUAUUCGAAAUGAAUGUACAUGUACUUUGAUUUUUCAUGAUGUGGCGAGUAUUUUUGUGCAUUGUAUUUGCGACCCAUUCCAUUGAGGAAGAUUGCUUAAAAUUGGGAAUUUCAACUCAAUGUUGUGCUGAUUUCUACAUGAAAGGAAAGAAAUGCAUCCCUUGUCCAAAAGGAUAUUUUGGAUUGAACUGUUCUUACAUGUGUCCAUAUCCUACUUAUGAACGACGAUGUUUGGAUGGAAAAUGCACGUGUCCUAAAGAAUACUGUAAUGCAAACACUGGAUGUAAAACUCAAGGAAUCUUAGACUCAAAUGUGAAUGAUCAUCAACAUAAUGGCAAAAUCAACAAUGCCAAAAAGAGUGAAUCAUCAUCAACAGUGGUAACUGUAAUAUCAAUUGUUUUCACGCUUAUCAUACUUAUGCUUGUUAUGGUUAUUGUACUGUACAUCAAAGGCAAAAUUAAAAUACGGAACCAAUUGCUUUCAUCAAAACGAGGCUCUAGGGUGGCUAGUCAACGUAAAACAACUACCUAUUAUGAGAUUGAUGAGAAAAAAAUGGAAGAAAAUGAACUUGAUAAUAUAUGCCCUGAACCUGAAAUUUAUGAAUUAAUUGACCAAUCCAAGAAAGACGCAACAAAAUAUACAGAACUACCGAUGCGACAAGGUGUCUCAAAGCAAGAGAGAAAACUGAUAUCUACCAUAUCAAUGCAUAAGAUUUUGGAUGAUGCUAGAGAUGAUAACGAAGAUGAAGAAAAAUGCGUAGCCAAUAAGAAAUCCGAAGUGCAAAUGAGAACAAAUAAGGUUCAUCAUACAGUUUUCUUAAAGAGAAUGGGUAAGACUUCGUCCAAGAUAAGUGGAUACAUUGAAAUGGAGAAGAAAAUUUCCGAAGAUCAUGUGUCUAUGACCGACCAAAAAUAACAUUUUAAGAUAUUUUCUUAUUAAAACCAUUUAAAAAAGAAAAUGAUAAUAUUAGCAUUUUUGACACUUUUAUAAUAAACAUGAUUUAGAAGAACACGAAUCCUUGUUUACAAUAUCUAAUUUGUUUAUUAUAUUAAUAAAAAAGCUCACGUCAUGAACUGUGAU